ACUGAUGCCUCGGUUUCGGGUUUAAGCGGUAUCUAUUGCUUUUGCCUGAAGAGAACAUGGCGCUUUUUAUUGUCACUUAGCAGACUAUGCAGCAAUGUGUUAAGCGAUUGAUCCAGAUUACCACACACCUACCGAUCCUGAGAAAAUAUUCACAAAUUCACCAAGUUUUGGGGACCCAGGUAACAACCAGCUACAGAAUGAGUGAUCCAUCAGUAAAGAGGCUAGUGAGCGACAUCAUCCGGUCCCCAGAAGACAAGCGUUUGUAUCGCGGACUGGAGUUUGCUAAUGGCAUCCAUGCUAUUCUCAUCAGUGACCCCACCACAGACAAGUCUUCAGCCGCGCUUGAUGUGCAUAUAGGUUCAUUAUCCGACCCUCACAACAUUUCUGGUAUAGCCCAUUUCUGUGAGCACAUGCUGUUCUUGGGAACAGAGAAGUACCCCAAGGAGAAUGAGUACAGCCAAUUCCUCAGUGAGCAUGCUGGGAGCUCCAAUGCUUUCACCAGCGGGGAGCACACAAACUACUACUUUGAUGUGUCUCAUGAACACUUGGCAGGUGCACUGGACCGGUUCGCUCAGUUUUUUUUGUGCCCCCUCUUUGACGAGAGCUGCAAAGACAGAGAAGUGAAUGCGGUGGACUCAGAGCACGAGAAGAACCUGAUGAACGAUGCCUGGAGAUUGUUUCAGCUGGAGAAGGCUACAGGCAACCCCAAUCAUCCCUUCAGCAAAUUUGGAACAGGAAAUAAGCUGACCUUGGAAACUCGCCCAUCGAAAGAGGGUAUAGAUAUCCGCCAGGAGCUUCUGAAGUUCCACUCAAACUCCUAUUCCUCAAAUCUCAUGGCUCUGUGUGUGCUCGGGAGAGAGUCCUUGGAUGAUUUGACCAGCAUGGUUGUGAAGCUGUUUUCGGAGGUAGAGAACAAAAAUGUCCCGGUUCCUGAGUUUCCAGAGCACCCUUUCCAAGAAGAGCACCUCAGGCAAUUUUAUAAGGUGGUGCCUAUUAAGGAUAUCCGAAACCUGUAUGUCACAUUCCCCAUCCCGGACCUUCAGAAGCAUUACAAAUCAAACCCGGGUCACUAUCUGGGUCAUCUCAUUGGACAUGAAGGACCUGGGAGCCUGCUUUCGGAGCUCAAAUCCAAAGGCUGGGUAAAUACCCUUGUUGGGGGUCAGAAAGAAGGGGCAAAGGGCUUCAUGUUUUUCAUCAUCAACGUAGACCUGACUGAGGAAGGACUUUUACAUGUUGAAGAUAUCAUUUUUCACAUGUUUCAGUACAUCCAGAAGUUGCGCAUUGAAGGACCUCAGGAGUGGGUUUUCCAGGAAUGCAAGGAUUUGAAUACUGUGGCAUUUAGGUUUAAAGAUAAGGAGCGCCCCCGUGGGUACACUUCAAAAGUAGCUGGGCUACUGCAUUAUUAUCCUCUUGAGGAGGUGCUUGCUGCAGAGUACCUGCUGGAAGACUUCAGGCCUGACCUCAUUGAAAUGGUGCUGGAUAAACUGAGACCAGAGAACAUGAGGGUGGCAGUAGUUUCUAAAUCAUUUGAAGGACAAACUGAUAAGACAGAAGAAUGGUAUGGGACACAUUACAAGCAGGAAGCUAUCCCAGAAGAGACCAUCAAGAAAUGGCAAAAUGCUGACCUAAAUGGAAAGUUUAAGCUCCCCAUGAAGAAUGAAUUUAUCCCUACGAACUUUGAAAUUUAUCCCCUGGAAAAGGAUGCUCCUUUAUUCCCUUCUCUUAUAAAGGACACUGCAAUGAGCAAAGUGUGGUUUAAACAGGAUGACAAAUUCUUCCUGCCAAAAGCUUGCCUCAACUUUGAGUUUUUCAGCCCAUUUGCUUAUGUGGAUCCAUUGCAUUGUAACAUGGCCUAUUUGUACCUUGAGCUCCUUAAAGAUUCUCUCAAUGAGUAUGCAUAUGCAGCAGAGUUAGCUGGCUUGAGCUAUGACCUUCAAAAUACCAUCUAUGGAAUGUAUCUCUCUGUAAAGGGCUAUAAUGACAAACAGCACAUUCUGCUGAAGAAGAUCGUUGAGAAAAUGGCCACCUUCGAGAUUGACGAGAAGAGAUUUGACAUCAUUAAGGAGGCGUACAUGAGAUCCUUAAACAAUUUCCGGGCUGAGCAGCCACACCAGCACGCCAUGUAUUACUUGAGACUGUUAAUGACAGAGGUGGCCUGGACCAAAGAUGAACUCAAAGAGGCUCUGGAUGAUGUCACUCUUCCUCGCCUCAAGGCCUUCAUACCUCAGCUGUUGUCACGGUUACACAUUGAAGCACUUCUCCAUGGAAAUAUAACAAAACAGGCAGCUCUAGGUAUGAUGCAGAUGGUUGAAGACAAGCUUAUUGAGCAUGCCCACGUCAAGCCACUGCUCCCAAGCCAGCUGAUUCGGUACAGAGAGGUUCAAAUUCCUGACGGGGGUUGGUUUGUUUACCAGCAGAGAAACGAGGUUCACAAUAACUGCGGGAUUGAAAUUUACUACCAGACUGACAUGCAGAACACCCAUGAGAACAUGCUGCUGGAGCUCUUCUGUCAGAUCAUCUCGGAGCCCUGCUUCAACACCCUGCGCACCAAGGAGCAGCUGGGGUACAUUGUGUUCAGCGGACCUCGAAGAGCGAACGGUGUCCAGGGCCUGCGCUUUAUUAUCCAGUCAGAGAAGGCACCUCACUACCUGGAAAGCAGAGUGGAGGCUUUCCUGAAGACCAUGGAGAAGAGCAUUGAGGAGAUGCACGACGAGGCUUUCCAGAAACACAUCCAAGCUCUGGCGAUCCGCCGGCUGGACAAGCCCAAGAAGUUGGGAGCAGAGUGUGCCAAGUACUGGGGGGAGAUCAUCUCGCAGCAGUACAACUUCGACAGAGAUAAUACUGAAGUUGCAUAUCUGAAAACACUGACAAAAGAAAGCAUAAUGCAGUUCUACAGGGACUUGCUUGCAGUGGACGCUCCCAAGAGACACAAAGUGUCUGUGCACGUCCUGUCCAGGGAAAUGGAUUCAUGCCCUGUGGUUGGUGAAUUCCCAAGUCAAAAUGAUGUCAAUCUAGCACCAGCACCAUCCCUGCCUCAGCCUAUUCUGGUUCAAAACAUGACAGAGUUCAAGAGGAGCCUACCGCUCUUCCCACUGGCCAAACCCCACAUCAACUUCAUGGCUGCAAAACUGUGAGGGAAAGCAGGGGACGAGCACACUUGGAAGGAGAGAGGAGGAGGGGGGAUCCAGCUACAAGCAAUGGACUGUCUGGGCUAUAAUAAUGAAUAUAUGUGUGUGUGAAUGUGUGCGUGAACAGCUCAGCUCUGCUGUCUGAGGUUUAGAAGUCAUGCAACAUUUUCUUUAUUUUAAUAAAAGUAUACAUUGUGAAGUAGGGUGCUCAACAAUUUUUAAAGCAUAAGGCUGAUAAACAGUUUGAGGUAUCAUCCUACGUGAGGGUAUUUUGAGUUUUGUUCUGUGGAAAGCUGCUUUAGUAGAAAACAAAACCUUGAUUUUAGUGCUGUGAAGGUAUUGUUAGGCUUAAAAAUAAGUCAGGGGAAAACUUAUUUCUGAAAUGCUGAAAAUGUUGAAUGAAGCUUUAUUAGUCACCGCGUGGGUGGAAAGCCUGGCAACUGAAGGUUUAUCAAACUCAAAGCCACUUUAUUUUGUAAAGUCCUGCGACACACUAAUGUAGAAAAUAGGUCUUAUUGAUAGAACAUCUGCCUUAUAUGAAGUAUAUUCCAGAGAUUUAUUCUUUGUACAAGUUUUGGACAUUGACAUUUUUAUUUAAACUAGUAAAAUGUUGGGACCAUUUGAGCAGCUCGUUUUUAAACUGUGCUUCUCGGAUGGUCUGUAGAUACGUGUUCACUACCUUUUAGGUUUUUCCAUCAUUUUUAUUUUCUUCCCAACAAAUGCUUUUUACAGUUUUUUUUUUUUUUUUUUUAAUUGUCAAAGCACCUUCUCAGGGCUCCUAGUUUUGGUUUCAGUUUGUUUUAUUCUUUAAAAUAACAAAAUCUCUUAAUUUAAACCAUUUUGAUUGAUGCUAAGUAUUAUAACUUUUUACCAAAUGGCUAAGUAGAUUCUAGCGUUACCCCAAGUUAAAUAGUUAUUUUAGCAUAUUCCAUUUCAAAUGUUUUAUUCUACUUUUCAGUUUAAAUGUUUACUAAAUGUUUUACAAUUCCCUUUUAAACUAAACAGCAUCCAGCAGUACAUUUGUUUAGUAUGUUCUUUUUUGGUUUUAUUACAUUAAAUAGAAAUACAUUAUGAUAUAUUGAUUCCUAAAUGUGGAGCACUGUUUCUGUCAAUUUUCAUUACACAAUUAAAUGUACUACUGAGUUUGUCACAGUCUCGUUUAGCAAGUAUACCAGUUAUUACAAGGGAGUCUACAGUAAGUCAAUAAAACUCAAUUCAGUAGAGGUGGUUUAAUUAAUAACUACAGUUUAAGAAAAUGCAGAGGCUGUUUAUCACUAUUUUACUAGAAACACCUGCAACACAGUUAACAGGGUGUAGGGCCUUUGAGCAGUCAGGGCUAUGCUGUUUCAAUGUCAGAGUGCAAAGUGUUUAAUGAUAACUUUUAAUGUAGUGAGGAGUCUUUGAUGCAGGGUAGGUAAGUGUAUUUAAUUUUUUUUAGCCCAUCCCUUUAGUCUGUCAUGUAAUCAUCUGAUACACCAGCACAGUGGCCAUUUCUCAAUGGUUAUGGAAAACUGCAAACCCAAAUUUAUUCAAAAAGGAAUAUUGGUUUCCUGUUGUAACUAACUUGCAUGAUCAUGUAACCUGUUUCAGGCCAGCCCUAACUAUUAUGCUGCAUUUUCUAGAGUCUUUACCAGGCAAAACAAGACAGAAGAACAAAAGCUUUCUGAUGACGUUCCAGCAUUUUACUAAGUUUAGCAACUUUGGCGUAGCUACCACUUUGUAAUGACUCAGGCAUAUCCAUGGAUUCUUAGGAUCAAUCCAAAGGUGCAGCAUCUCUUUAGCAAUAAGAACCUACAGAAGCUUCUCUGGAACCUGUUAUUCACAUGUAUUGCUUUUGAAUAGGAAAAUGCAUUCGUUUGUUUUUAAAAUAGGUGACAUGUCGUUUACAUUGAUAACUGAUUUGUAUCAAGUGGUUUUUGUUUGUUUUGAUGUGAACUGUGCACUUUUUUUUUGGUUUAAAAUAAAACGUAAUGUAACUUGA